UGACAUUUUUUUAAAAACUCAAUUUCUGAAUUAUAUUCUCGUGCUCUUUUCUUUUUUUUUAUAUAUAUAUAUUUUCUUUCUUUGAAUAUGGCCAACAAGAACAACAAGAAACAAGCCCCGGUCUCUGCAACAACAGCAGCCACCACAGCACCAAAAUACAAACCCAAAGUUGUUUUACGAACAUAUCAAGCAAGUGAUCAUGAGGAAGUGGAAUACCUUUUCCGUAGCUCUUCUGCUCCCUUAGUCUUUGAAAGCAUGCGUAGUAAGAUCUGGUCUCCUGCCACCUGGUUUAUUUGGUUUGGUGUCUAUACAAUUCUGUUAUUGGUCUUGCCAAAGACAGUCAGUACUCGAAUUGUCGAACUUUCCGGUUGGUAUGACACCCUCUUCAGAGCCUUCAUUACCUUCUGCUGGGCUGUCGUGUCCGUCAUCAUUCUGUUUGUUACCUCCGAUCGUAUCGAACUUCAAAACUAUAUCGAUGAAGCUCUUGCAAAUGAUUUAAAGGACCCUGAAUUAUAUUACUUGAAUUAUACAUUGGAUUCAGACGGUAAUAAGGUACGUAAGGCACCCGAGGAGCACAUGCCUUCUCAUUUCUGGGUCUUGACAUUGGAUGAUGAGAUUUGCGGCAUGGUGGGUUUGUCAAGCAAUGCUGAAGAUGUCCUCGAUCAACGCACCAUGUUACCCGUUCCUUGGAAACAAUUCACAUGUGCUAUCCUGGAACUUUUACAUUUACCUGUACCUGCCAUGUUGGAACAAGGCCGUGUCAAUGAUAAGGAAAUCAUUUUUGCCAAUAAGCAGGUCCCCAGAACUGCCACCAUCACUCGUUUAUAUGUUCGUACAGAUGCCCAAACAUGUGGCUUCUCCACUCUCUUGGUUAACCGUGCUAUGGCUUUUGCUGAGGAACACGGUGUCAAUCGUGUAUACGCUAUGGUCGAUGAACGUAAUAUGGCAGCCGAGCAAAUUUUGACAAGAAGACACAAGUUUAUCAUCAUGAAGAAGCAUCGCUUGAAUUCGUUUGGUAAAUUCCGUUACUUGUACGCUUGCCGUGUUCAUGAAUGGAUGGAAAAUAAUGGUGACAAGAUUAGAAAGGUCUUUAAGAAGUCCGAAACAACCAAAUAGGCCUUUUUUUUUUUCUUGUCCAGUGAACCGUAUACAUAUAUCAAAGCUUAGAAAUUACAAAAAAAAAUAUUAAUAUGAGCUCUCAAUCUUUUCUAAUAAUUACAAUAAAAGAAUUAAUCAUAACAUAGUUCUGGUAACUAACACUAUACAUCUUUGGUUUGUUAAGGUUGAUGGGUUUCACCAAAUGGAUAGUCUUUAUUGCUGUGUCACGAUCUCCUUUGGUCUAGAGUACCACAAUCCUUAUGUAUUUAUUUUUAAAUUUAACAAGAGAAUGUAUUGUGGUCUAACACAG